UGUAACUCUUCUACGUAAGUGGUAGAGUUUCUACCGAGGGGGUAUCCGAUUACCCUUCUUCCAGCAUUAGACUGGGAUCCUCUCCCUGUAGUACUCGGGCGGAUAUCGCAUUUGCUUUAUCGCCUUCUCUUUGAAAGAUUAGGCCACAGUGUUUCUAAGUGGACAGAAAUGAGCAUCGAAACGCUUCUGGAAGCAGCCAAGUUUUUGGAAUUGCAAGCCCAGCAACAACAGAAAGCACGUGAGGAUGACCUAAAGGAGAAGCAACGUCUGGAGCAGUUUUCUCAGCAGAGGCACGCUGCUGUGCUCUACAACUCAACUAUCCACAUCAACAAUGUUUCUAAAGGGGACGCUCUGCGCUCUGGGGGCCACCCGGGGCCCAUCCCGCCCUCUCUGCCUCCCCCGUCCUCUCUGCCUCCCCAGUCUAUGGCCAUCACUGUCAUCCCCGUCCCUGUGGUCACCCCUAACCCUGCAGGCUCACCCACGCUGCCCGUCGCCACGCUCUCCCCCCCUGCUGCUCCCCCGCCUGCCGCCACGCUGCCACGCUCUCCACAGCCCAAACCUGAGCCCUCAGUGCUGACCGCCAACCACAAGCAGCUGAUACAGAGCCUCCACCCGCAGCUCCUCACCCAGACUAACAAUGCUAAACUGCAGCAGCUGGUGCAGCGCUACCCGGGGUCCAUCGUCUCGCCCCCGCAGCGACACGCCAUCCUGCCUCAGACGAGCCCCGUGCUGCAGCAGGCCCCUCUGCAGAACGGCCCCGCCAGCCGGGGGAGUCCGCCUGACGACGGCCGCCUGCUCGACAAGAAGAGACCGGGAGGGGCAGGCACAAGAGAAGUGCAUAACAAGCUUGAGAAAAACAGACGAGCACACUUGAAGGAGUGCUUUGAGACGCUGAAAAAGAACAUCCCCAACAUCGACGAGAAGAAGACCUCCAAUCUGAGCGUGCUGAGGAGUGCGCUGAGAUACAUUCAGACGUUGAAGCGGAAAGAGAAGGAGUACGAGCACGACAUGGAGCGACUGGCCAGAGAGAAGAUCGCCACGCAGCAGCGGUUAGCGGAGCUGAAGAACGAGCUCAGCCAGUGGAUGGAUGUGAUGGAGGUGGACCGCGUGCUGCGACAGACCGUACAGCCGGAGGAGGACCAGGCCUCCACCUCCACCGCCUCAGAAGGUGAAGACAUCAUGGAUGAAGACCUGGAAGAAGAGAUUGCGCCGAGAGCACAGACUGCCUUACCCACCGUGCCUCAAACCAUGAAACCUGAUCUGCACCGGACUGCACCCCCCACUCAGGCCCCCACCUUGGCCCCCAGCACUACCUCCUUCAUCACCCAGCACAUUUCCAUCCAGCACAAAGUCCCUCAGCUCCAUCCGCUCACAGUGACUCCUCAACAGCCGGGGUUCAAACCUGCAGUCCCCCAUACACUCGCCUCCCCCUGCCCUCCCAUCAGCCUCACGCAGACCCUCGUCCCCACCCAAACACAGAUGGUGACGGCGUCCAGCCUCCACCCCACAGUCAUAGCCCACGCUUCAGUGUCCCACCCCUCAGUCAUACAAGCAGUGAACCACGUCAUCCAUGGAGGGGGUCACAAACGCAUCGCCCACCUGGCUUCCUCCACCAGCACGGUCCAGUUAGCCCACCAACCCAUAGGCCACAUCACCGUGCACCCGGUGGCCCACCUCCACCAGCACCUUUACCCCCAGCAGGUGGCCGUCACACAGUCGGCCAUGAUGGGUCACAUCACCCACACCAUAAACCACGCCCCCCCUCACAUGAACGGCACUGUGACUAGCCAACCCGCUGCCACCAUCAUGGGCAAGCAGACAGCAGUGAACACCCAGAUGGUGACGCACCACCCGCAGCUGGUGGGUCAGACGGUGCUCAACCCUCUGACUAUGGUGACCAUGCCCUCCUUCCCCAUCGGCACUCUGAAGCUGGCUUGAACCCCACGUAGAGGACCGCCAGGCUGGGAGAUAUGGGGGAACUACAGGCCUUAGAUCAGGCCUCUGAGGAACCGACCGUGAGGGCCGGAGAUCUGCGGGACCCCUCGCUGAUCCAGAGUUUGACUUUCAUUCACAAGCAUUACAGCUGAUGGAAAGCCGGGAACAUUCCUACAACAAACCCUCUUUAAAGAGUCUUUCACCGGUGUCCUGAGAACUUUAUCCUGAAUUUGGGAUAUGAUUGAAAUCCUCUUGAGCAAGUCUGACAAUAUAUAUGGUGGGCAGAUGUUAAGACAUCACUCUCUGCAUAAAGGGAAGUCUUGUGCUGCCACUACACUGUCCAUUAGGGCUGAAUCAUCUGUCGGUGACCAGUCAAUGUGCCUACAUAAUAUCUCUGCACUUGGAAAGCAAAAUUAGGAUAGCUUAAUCGAA